AUGGUGGACGACGAGCCAGAAAGCUAUAAACUGCAACCGAAAAAUGCUUUUCCGGUGAAGCCAUCUUAUGGUGAACUUAUCGACAUAUAUCUUUUUAGGGUCAUAUAUUUUUGUAAAAUAGUGGUUAUGUGUACCGAUGUGAGGGAUACCAUAUGGACAUAUGAGGCUUUGAAUGAGAGCUAUAAUGUUAAGGAAUUAGCUCCCCAUUGCAGUGGGAAGAAAAUAAUCAUGUUGGAAUUGUUUCAAGUUCUGGUAAAGGAAAGCCAUGAGCCUCUGCAAUAUUAUGACUUUUUUAUUUCAUUCAUUCAUGAUACUGCAACUGGAUUGCGAGAAAUAGUCCCUUAUUAUGUCUUGAAAAGGCCUAGUGUGGAAAGUUUCUUUGUUGAAUUGGCUGAAAAUUAUAAAAUUGUUCUUUUUACAGAUGCACAGAAAAAAUAUGCAGAUCUUAUACUAGACAAACUUGAUAUUGAUUUCAUUAUAGAGGGUCAUUUGUGUAGGAAUUCAUGCACUCACCUAGAUGAUGUUUAUGUGAAAGAUUUGACCAAGAUCAAUCCUUCUCAUAGGAUUAGGGAUUUGCAUUUGAAGGAUGUUUUCAUGGUUGAUGUUAAUCCAAGGUGUGAAUUUCAAUUAGAGAAUGGAAUUUUGGAAAAGGCAUUUGCUGGUGAUGUAAAAAAUAGAGAAUUGUUUGAGCUUGCAAUGUUUUGUGAAAGUGCAGUUGAAUGUAAUGAUGUGAGAGACGCUAUAAGAGUUCAUACAGAUUCUCCAAGUCCAAAGUGUUUGGCUACUCGUAAGUUGCAGAACUUUGCUAGAAAUGCAUGGCUGGUUUUCCACCACCAUCGCCAUCCUCAUCUUCCCCACUCAUAUCACCAUGAUCACCAGUAA